UGGUUCAUCCACCAACAAAUCGUUUUUUAGACCAUUGGAAAAUUGUUUGUCUAACCAAAUCGCCUACCCAUGUAUUUUUCAGUGUACCGGGGCUACUUGGUGCUGGCGUACACGCUGGUUGUGCUCGCCAUUCAAAUGUUUGCAUGUUUUCUUUCCACUAUAUUGGUCGAUUACCGGACUGGUACCGAGAUGAAGACACUCAAAGUCGAAGUGACUAAUGACUUGGGUCACAUAACAUUCAAUUUCGACACAGAUAUCCUUUUUUAA